AUGGCCUCUGACUUUAGUUGGAAGAAGAGCUAGCCCCAGGCAGAGAAAAAAAAAGAGAGAAAGAUUUGGGUUCCAGUGGCCCACUCCAUCCUAGGCCUGGUUGAUACGCCCUGAGUCACGCAGGUCCUGCCAACACCCAGGAGCCGAAGCCGGAGGCUGAGUAUAAAUCCUCAACAUGAGGCCAGCCAGGGCUCCCAGCUCCUGAGCGCUGAAGAAUGACCUUUUGCCGGGCCAUGUGGCUGCUGCUCUUGGUGGCCUGGAGCAUGGGCUUUGGUGAGGCCUUCAGGUGCUAUACUUGCGAGCAGCCCACAGCCAUUAACUCGUGCAAGAACAUUGCUCAGUGCAAGCUGGAAGACACCGCCUGUAAGACUGUACUGGAGACGGUGGAAGCAGCAUUCCCCUUCGACCAUAGUCCCAUGGUGACCCGCUCCUGCUCCAGCUCCUGCCUGGCUACCGACCCUGAUGGCAUCGGAGUUGCCCAUCCUGUCUUCUGUUGCUACCGUGAUCUCUGCAACUCAGGAUUCCCAGGACUGGCGACAGGCCUCUAGCCACCAAGGGAGCCUUGCGUCUAUUAUCUAUUCUCCUGGCAGGGCCUGGUGCCACCUGCGGUCAUCUCUGCCUGCAUGGCCCUGUGAGCAGAGCUCACUGGGUCUCAGGUCACUCACUGUCCACCAAACUUGUGGAAAAUAAAAUAAGCCAAGGG